UAAACGUUGCUGGGUCGAUCAUUAACCACACAUUGCUCCCAUAUGGAACUUUGAUCGGUGACUUAGUAAUAACUUGCCUGGAAGCUUAUUGGCCCAGGCUCAGCACUCCAGCGCAUAUUGAAAUUUUGCAUGAUAACCCUGGUACACAUCAUUUGCCAAUCACAACACUGUCAUCGCUGCUCUGGUGUUACUCUCUGUGCUGUCAUCAUAACAGACGUCCAUGAUGAGUUGGCGGCGGCCCCUGUUAAUCUCCCUUUCCAUCUUGCUUCUGUUCGAAGCAUUCGGGUUUCUUCUGAUGUUCGAGUCCAGUCAACGUUUAGUUCUUCAAGCCAUGCGACCUUUAUCCUUUCACCGGCUUAAGUUUAGUUUGUGGGAGACUUAUCCGAACCCAAUGGUCUUGAGGUCAAACGCAACAGGACACAAUCUGCCCCUCAGCACCACUCCAGGUGGGCAUCUUGCAACGGGGCAUGCUACCCAUGAAGUCCCGGGGCACUGGGUGUCGAAAAUGGCAUCAGCACGACUCCUUGUGUCUAAAGUUAACUGCCAAGCUCUUAUUCGAGGAGACAAGCAUGAGCAAAGUAAGACAGAGGAUCUCAUGAGAAAUGAAAACCGAAAGCCAUUGAACGGGGAGGACUAUUUCAACAUUUGCAAGAACUGUAGCGAGUUCAUUUCCGCAAGAGGAUACAUAACUAUUCCUCUUAGCGCGGAAGAAAUGAAUUUUCCAAUCGCCUAUAGUAUUCUCAUGUACAAAGAUUCGGAACAGGCGGAGAGAUUGCUCAGAGCCAUUUACCAGCCUCAGAAUUACUACUGUAUCCACGUGGACAGAAAGUCGGAGGGAUCGAUUAAACGAGGGAUGGAAGCCGUGGCGAAGUGUUUUGACAACGUAUUUCUUGUGGAGAAACCAGUUGCUGUAGUGUGGGGAAAAUUUACGGUCCUAGAAGCAGAACUUCUCUGUCUGAAGGAAUUAUGGGCGUACCAAAAGUGGAAAUACUUCAUCAAUCUGACGGGACAGGAAUUUCCUCUGAAGACCAACUUUGAGCUUGUGAAAAUUCUAAAGGCUUAUAAUGGUUCCAACAAUCUAGAAGGCACGCGGGGAAGAGCUAAUACAGACCGUUGGAAGAAUGCUGGCCCCCCACCGCACGGGAUCAUUCCCACUAAGGGGGCUGUCCACAUCACAGCCUCAAGGGGGUACGUCGACUUUCUUCUACACAAUCAAACUGCCUUGGACUUUCUGGAGUGGGUGAAGAAGACGCGAGUUCCCGAUGAAACGUUUUUCGCAUCAUUAAACCACAAUCCCUUUCUGGAAGUUCCAGGUUCCUAUAAAGGCACUCCGGAAAGUAAUUUUGAAAAUUACCAGUUUCUCACACGUUUCAAGAUCUGGGCAGGCACCAAGCUUUGGAAACUCUGUACUGGUAAAUUUACACGAGGAAUCUGUAUCUUUGGAGUAAAAGAUUUGCCCGUUCUGACAUCACAACGGCAUCUGUUUGCCAAUAAAUUCCACUGGGACUAUCAGCCUUACGUAUUGGAUUGUCUGGAGGAAUGGCACUUCAACAAAACAAUAGACCAAGCUGUGCACAAGUCAAAUUUUGAUGUGUCUUUUUACAAAAACAUGAGUUUUGUGAAAAACAAGGUGACCUAACGCUUUACGAGUGAAAAGCCAAAUAUUCGUUUCCAUCAUCUAAUAAAGUUUAAGUAAUCUAAUUAAAGGGAUGGAGCUAGAGGAUCUAGAUUGUUACUACUUAGGCAUUUCAAUGGAGAGUUAAAGAAACCCAAUAAGGAGGGAAACGGGUCUGUGCUGGGUGUUUUAUUGGUUACGUACUCUUCAUGUUGUACUGUCUUAUAUUGUGAUUGUCAGUUAAUUAAGCGCGGUUUCAGCAUUACAACAGUAUGCUUUUUGUGCCAUUUUACUUUUUCCAAUCACCCCACACUAAUGAGUAGCGUUGUGACAAAGCCUUUUGCGGGAUGAAUUCCAGAGGGUCUUAUUGUACUUAAUGCUUAAAAUUGCUUAUUGCUCAACCCCAAGGUGUGAUGUGAAAUUCUGCUAUACUUAAGCAUGUUUUAUUCUAGCCCUUAGGACUGUGAUUAUAUAUGCUAUCACAGCCCUGUCUUGUUCCAUACGCUUGCCUUGAACACCUCUGUGCUUCCAUUGCUGGCUUCAGUAUGCUACUGCUUGGCGCCAAAUAAUUUGUCUGUCCUUGGUCACAGUCGUCUCAGCUAUCAAUUCCAAGUGUCAAAUCUAGUAAACCCACACAAGCAUGAAACUAAUAGGUUAAACUUAUGAUUUUAAGAAUGUGUAAGUUUACUAAAUUUUGUUGAUCAUUUAUAUGAAAUUGUACCGACAAAAUAUAAUAAUGCCUUGAAAUUGUGACAUUUGUGUGUAGCCUACAUGGAUUAUCAUGUACCGUUCAAGAUAAGAACUGUGGUCGUGUGACAUAAGAUGAUAUUGUCUUGAAGUUUGAGGGUCAGUGUGACAUUUGUGGUGAAUCAUCUACUGUUCAAGCAUUGAUAAAAAUUGUGGUAGUGUUUAAAACUGCAGUCACGCUAGUAUCGAUCUAGUUUAAUUCAUACAAACUUUUCAAAAAGCGUUCAGAUCGAACUAGUAUCACAUAGAGAGGCGGUCACAUCGGAAGCACUGAACUGGUUCACUCUAGUUUAACCAGUUUCUUGUGAUUGGUUGAUUUGAUCAUAUAAUGCGUUCACCAUUUAAGCUGCGUUUUAUGUGAAUUCCUUUCCAAUAUUUUUUGUUACUUUCGCUCCUAUAAGACAUUUCUUAUUAUGCUGGGAAAAUGCGCAGGGCCAGCGGAAACGCACGACCUUGGACGGGUGACUGGUAAGCCUUCCCAUAUAUGACCUGAGAGGAGGCCAGCCAGAGCAGGGCUUGAACUCAGAGCAACUGCAUUGAUUAUUUUGCAUAAAAUGGCAAGAGAAUCCAGCAACAAAGGAACCAUCACCUUGUCGCCAAUGCCCAUGAAUGCAAGAAAAUUAGAAAUUUCAUAGCCUAAUGCCAUUGUUUGUUGACGGUAACAACUCUGUCACAAAAAAUUUAAUCAGUUGGUAGUGAAAUAUUUUUUCUUCUUGUACGCUGAUGAAAAGAUAAGAAUUUAGAUAUGAAAUUAACAUGGAGAGAAAUAUGACAAUAAAUGUAUCUAAAGUUUCAAACCGCUACUCCUUCUAUAGAUUUUCUCCGAUUUUCAACUAAACUGGGUUGAAGUGUAGUCUAAUCAAAAUUCAUUCUUCAUGCACCAUAUGUCUGUUUAUCCAGCAUAUGCUAAUAUUUCUUUCAAAUUGCUGGCAGUUAUUGUUCCAAUAUUUGUCCAGUUUGAAGAAUACUUGAUACAGUUAAAUCAAGAUACAUAUUUUGUAGUAUUGGUUUUCAAUGUUGAUUGUUCAUUGUCCACUAUUUGUACCUGAUCUUAUAAUCGACUCUGUGAUUACUUUGUUCUAGCCAGUAGUCCUACAGUCUCAUCAUAAACUCUGUUGAGAAAUACAUGGGUUCACCCUGAUUGUGCCAUAAACAAAGACAUAACCAUUGUCAUUUGUAUUGCCCCACUUGGCACAUUGGAGAAAGAAUACAGGAUCUGUUAGCCCGAGAGUGUUUGGCUAAUCUCCCUUCAGCGUGAUGCAUUCUUGGGUGGACUUUAAGGGCAUGUAUAUUGCCCUGCCUCAAGAAAAUAAACAUGGAUGGAAAGACCUGUUGUCUUCUUGCUGUCAACAGAUGACGUCAAAAUUACCAAUCAUGACCAAAACUCAAGUCAAUUAAAUAGACCUACCCAUUGUUGACAAGAAACUCUUUUACAGGGGAACAAGUCAUUAAUAGCCUUUAUUUUAACAGAAACGUUCACAUGCCGUUAAACAUUGCAGCACAGUAUUUUCUACAAGAGGCCAACGUCUAAACUGUAAUACAUUUCAUGGUGUGAAAACAAAUUGCAAUAAAAGCAAAAUGCCAAAAAAUAAUGAAUCUUUGGAGUUGGCAGCAAAUGGACUUCUGGAUGAUGCAUAUUAUAUAAGUGGACACAUGUAAAAGUAAAUACAAUCCAUACUCCUUUUAAUCAUAUUUAAUAACUGUUCGAAAAUCCUGUUGGUAUGAAAAAGUAAAAUUAAUUUUUUUUUAAUUUUCAUUAAUCUCUCUUCCAUUUUCCUUCACCUGCCCUCCUGUUCUUUCACUGCUU